CCGGCCGACUACGCACGAGGGCGUCGCGAAGGCAACCACGUUUUCUACCCUCAUUUUCAGUCUGUCGUGGUGUGUCCUGUCGGCCGGCUGGUGCUCUACUACACGCGUCCUUCUCUCGUUUUCUCCCUCCUCCGUUCGUUUCUCUUUCUCUGGUCGGUGUUUUCUUCGUGAUUCACUCACUGCGUGAUUUUAAUUCUCGCGCCAAAUUCGUCGUUGUUCCCGUGCAACACCGCGGCGUGGAGGGAGUCAUUCGAUGGAUGUACGGGAUCCAGUGAAAAGCCGGCGAACAGUGUUGUGAUUUCUUUAUUUUUUUUCAUGUGAGAACGACGCGUAUUCGUAAUCGACUUAGUUUUGCCGCGUGUUUUAAUCGAGGACCGGCGUGACAACGAUAGUGUGCUAAAGGAAUCGUCCACGGCGCGGAUUUGAUCAUAGUGAAAACGGAGCGGACAUGCAUCAGAAGAAACGCCGUUCCACGGACCGAUGAACGUGGCUGGCAAUUGACUCGAUGGCAGAGGGACGCUGAGGAGAUGGCCACGUGACGCGACAGAAAGGAAGCCGGGCGCAAGAUGAACACGAACGGGAAUGUGGGCUCGCAAGAGGGUGGGAACGGUACCGAUUACGGCUCGAGCGAGGAGACGGCCGCCCUGCUGAGCAGGGCGCCACCCCCGCCGGUCGUUGUUGCCGCGGCGUCUCAGGGCAAGCCGGUGCUCACGCGACAGGAUCGAGCAACCUUUUUGGUUGCCUCGCCACAAUUGUCCGUCUCGGGGCUCGGCGGCUCCGAGGAGAGCGGCACCACCGAGGAUCCGGCCACGAGAUCGGUACCGGACAUCGAGCUAUAUUGCAGGCUCGACGGCGAGGCGCAGCAACCACAGCCGCAGCCGCCGCAGCCGCAGCCGCAAGCGCAGCAAGUGCAGCAAACGAUCAUAGCUACCGUGGGUUACAGGAGCCGGCAGCCUUCCCACCAGCACAGGUGUCGCUGCGAUCGUAGAGACUCGUUGGCCCCUUCUUCGGCGCUCCAUCUGGCGAGGAGCGUGUCAAGGGAGAGCGUGAAGAGCGGCCACCACUGUUGCCCUUGCCAGGCGCCUCCGCCUCCGGUUCUGGUCACAACGUCCCCCAGCGCGCGCAUAAUACGGCAGAGCUCGCAACCGGAAGCGUCAGCGUGCUGUUGUUCCGGAUGUUGUUGCCCGUUGCACACGGCCACGGCGCCGAGUGCUGCCUCCCUGCGGCAGCUGCGCGAGCCAGGCGACGGAAUUGCCGGCAUCGCGGCCGACUCGUUGCGGAUCAAUGGAGGGAUUCGACAAUUCCGCCAGUUCCCCUGGUGGUGCAAAUCGUCGUCGACGACAAUGCCGACGACGCCUCCGCCUCCAAUGGCCACGGUACCCGGCCCAGGCUCCGGUUCUGCCUCCGGUUCCGGUUCACAGGGCGCCCAGGGCGUCUUACUCUGCCCACGUACGCUGUCUCAGGUCCGACGAUCACGGCUACGAAGGGCCCUCACCGAGGCGACCGCCGAGACCGUCAACUACGUCAAGACGCUACGGAAGCCAGUGUCGACACUCUCGAUCCCGGGGGCGAUGAAGAACAGCGGCGGCGUGGGCGGCGGGGGCGGCGUGGGGGGCGCCGGGGGUGGCGGCGGUGCUGGUUGCGGUAGCGGCGGCGCAACCGGAACCGGCGAGGAGGCCGGUAUCGCCCUUGUCGGCAUCCACUCGGAGUACCCGCGCUACGUGGACGAGCGCGUCCUGGCCGGGGGCGGGCAAGUGAAGGGCCCCUCGGGCAGCAUCGGGCCGGGCUCGAAGCACAAACCGAACGUCGGCUACCGGCUCGGCAGGCGGAAGGCCCUUUUCGAGAAGCGGAAACGCAUCAGCGACUACGCCCUCGUCAUGGGGAUGUUCGGAAUCAUCGUGAUGGUCAUCGAGAACGAACUGUCCAGCGCCGGUGUCUACACCAAGGCCUCGUUUUACUCGACAGCACUGAAAACCCUGAUCUCUGUGUCUACUGUGAUACUGCUUGGCCUCAUAUUUGCUUACCAUGCCUUAGAAGUUCAGUUGUUCAUGAUCGAUAACUGCGCGGACGAUUGGCGGAUCGCGAUGACCUGGCAGAGGAUCGCGCAGAUUUCGCUCGAGUUGUUAAUCUGUGCGAUCCACCCGAUCCCAGGGGAGUAUUACUUCCUGUGGACGACCAAGCUGGCGAACAAGGGCGGUGACUUCGGCUCGACGUGGGUGCCGUACGACGUCACCCUCUCGCUGCCGAUGUUCUUCAGACUCUACCUCAUCUGUCGCGUUAUGCUGCUCCACUCGAAGCUGUUCACCGACGCGUCGUCGCGCAGCAUAGGGGCCUUGAAUCGUAUUAACUUCAACACCAGAUUCGUCCUUAAGACACUGAUGACCAUCUGCCCGGGCACCGUGUUGCUAGUCUUCAUGGUCUCGUUAUGGAUCAUCGCCUCGUGGACGUUACGCCAGUGCGAGAGGUUUCACGACGAGGAGCACGCGAAUCUCCUUAAUGCUAUGUGGCUCAUUGCUAUCACGUUUCUGAGCGUCGGUUUCGGUGACAUCGUGCCCAACACGUAUUGCGGUCGAGGUAUAGCCGUUUCCACUGGAAUAAUGGGCGCCGGAUGCACGGCCUUGCUUGUGGCGGUUGUUUCCCGGAAGCUCGAACUCACCAGGGCGGAGAAGCACGUUCACAACUUUAUGAUGGAUACGCAAUUAACGAAAAGGUUGAAGAACGCUGCAGCGAACGUGUUACGCGAGACGUGGCUAAUUUACAAGCACACUCGGCUGGUGAAGCGUGUCAAUCCGGGACGUGUUCGAACGCAUCAGCGGAAAUUUCUAUUGGCUAUAUACGCGCUGAGGAAAGUCAAAAUGGAUCAGCGAAAAUUAAUGGACAAUGCCAACACCAUCACGGAUAUGGCCAAGACGCAGAACACGGUGUACGAGAUCGUGUCGGACAUGAGCACGCGUCAGGACGCACUGGAGGAACGUCUGGGGGGCAUGGAGGAUCGGCUGAUGAACCUGGAAGAGAAACUGACCGGGCUGCAGGCUCAGCUCGAGCUGCUGCCCGAGGAGUUGACCAGGUGUCUGGCCCAGCACGCCGAGCGUAUGGAGCAGAGGCGGAACUUCCUUCACCCCGACACAGCUGUCGCGAUGUCGUCGACGGGCGGCGGCGGCGGCGGCGGCGGCGGCGGCGGCGGUGGCGGCGGUGCAUCAACCGGGAACAGCCUGACGAUGGGCAUCUCCGUUUCCGCCCAUCACCCUCUGGCCAAUCUGUCGAACUCGCUGCCACACUCGAGGAGCGUGCCAAGCGCGCCCAGCACCACGUCCCUUCACCCUUGGCCGGCCAAUUCGAUCCUGCCGCCAGUCUCGAGUCGUACGCCACACUUGGUGCCCGAGACAGGAAGGCAUCACAGUCUGGCACAUUCCACGGUGGCCACGACCACGACCUCGCAGUCGGCCACCAGGCUCACCUCGCAAUCUGGGAUGGGAGGGCUGGGCAACAGUCAGGGGUCGGACACAUCUCCACACAGCUGAGUCUCGUCUUUGCAGCCGCAGCACUCGUAUUAAAAAGGGGCACGGGACACGUGAACGUCUCCGUGCCCCUGAACGACGCUCGCGUACCAUCGAGUCCCUUUCGCCGCGAUUAAUUGGUUCUCCGAGUCUCUUCUUUCUCUUUUCCUUUCUAUAUCUCUCUAUCUCUAUCUCUGCUUCACUUUCUUUCUCCGUGAAUCUCUGUCUAACUGUCUGUCCGUUGAACUAUCUCUCGGGGAUAGGAAGCUUCUUCUUCGGGUUCAUAUUCGGGUUCGCGCCGAAUUUCGUUCGACCAGUGUUCGCGAACUAGUUUAGGUCUCGCAUCCGGUUGAUGGUAGUUUUAAGGUCGGCCUGGCUGUGAUGGUUACGACGUGCAUAAUUGUUAGACAUUCUCGUGUAAUUAAUAUAUUCGUUUCGGUUAUUCGAUUUAUAACAUGCGCUAAGAGACCUAUUUUCGAGAAUAGAGCCUUUCGUUCAAGUUUCGCGAUUUUAAGGAUGCUGUAUCGUAGCACGAAGUAUAGCGUAGUUGACCGGAGCGGAGAGAGAGACCCAGCGGAGAAAUUAACGAGUUGUAACCCCAACUCGUAGACUGCCUAAAGCUCAAGAAACGACACCGUGUACGAUGUGUAUUAAAACGUUUCGAUGUCUGGAUCUCUCGUAGCGAAUUUAAACAACGAUUCCUUUCGAGCGAUUUCCACCGAGCCAAAUAAUCGAGCCGUCUCUCAGCCAUCGCCGACUCGAAAUCGACUCGCCUACUUUUAUAGCCGCGGAUAAAAUGAAAGUUUUGCUGUAGCAUCGACAACGGGUCCAAUCCUCUUCCCGAUUGACUGCGUCUUCUUACCGAGAAACAAAAAAGAAACAAUUAGUGAAAGGGGAACUCUAUGUACACUCGCGAACAUACACUCAAACACUCGUACACAACACUUACACACACACGCACACGUACAUAUAGAAGGGAGAUCGAUCCAAUGUUUCCGUGGUGAUUAAAAAAAAAAGAACGAAUACACAAUGAACGAACGAGAGGGAGGGACUCACGGACGCGAGCGUCCUCUUCCAAAUCGCUGCGAGCUGCUCCCCUGCCCAACUUGCGUGCCUGAAAACUUUUUUCUUAAUAUUUAAAUAUAUAUUCGACACACACACACACACACGAACUCCAUCUUAUCUCUGUAUACCUCGUGAAUUAAGGAAAAAAAAGAAAAAAAGAAAAAAAAAAGAAAAAAAGAGAAAAAAUACGAAAGGGAAAAAACAGGUGGAAAAAAGAAGAAGAAAAAGAAGAAGAAGAAGGAGAAAAGGGACAGAUAUAUAAUAAGGUGUGUUUUAUACAUUUACGAGGGAAACGUGCGUGUGGAGAACGUCUCCCCUCGACGAGGACAACAAGAGUGGUUCUUGAGCUGGACGAGCGCACAGAAAUAAUAAUAAUAAUAAUAAUAAAAAAGAAAAAAAAAAAAACGUUUUCGAACGCGUUUAUAAGGAGAUUAAAAUAUUAAUGUUAUUAGGAAAAGAGAUAAAAUACGCGGCACACUGUGUUCGUUACGCGAAUUUUCGUUUUCCGCUUCGGAUCGCGUGCGAGGGGAUGGAAGAGAUAGCGUGGAAAAUAUUUUACAAAAAAUAUUUUAGAAAAAUAAACGAUAUCGACACACUAAUCGAAGAUAGAUUUUCAAAACAACAAAUUUUUUUAAAAUCGUACGAGAAAUCGUUCCGAACACACACGCUGCUCCACUUAUCUCGCUAUCUUCUCCUAUCCGCGAGCUGAUUCUUACUUCGUUUCCUGCUGAUAGAGGGAAAAAAAAAAAAAAAAAACAUAUUUACUAUUUUCGGAGCUGUGAUUAUAAUAACGUCGCAAGUUUAUUAAGUACAAUCACGUGGUGGCGUAUCGUGGCGUGAAGUUAUAAUUAAUUCAUCAACCCUCGUUGAAAAUGUAUUUAUACUCCAAAGGGGGAGGGGGAAAAAAAAAAAACUCUCUCGAAGAGAGAUAUUCAUAAUGAAUUGUUCCGUUUGUUCGAGGGAAAUAUGUUUCGUUGAGAUUGGCCAAUUUUAUCCCCUCCGAUUCACUCCUCACUCCCUCACUCUUGUAUUAUUAAUAUUAAGUAGAGACCAGUAGCGUAUAUACCAUCUCGUGAUUGUACUUGGCGAUAUAACUUUCUAAAAGACAAGUGAACACGAAGGGAAGAGGAAAAAAAGAACCAGGUCGAUCAGAAGAAGAAUGGAUGAAGGUUAUUCGAGGACAAAGAAUUUCACCGCACCCUCCCCCCGAAUUACGCUGGACGAGCUUGAGGGGCCAUCGUUGAGAGACCACGAAGCAAACGAUGGAUGAAUGGUCUGCAUGGAAGGAGAACGCAAAGUGAUCUUAUCUGCUUUAACGUCCGUAGGUUACAUAAGAUAUUAUAUUGUUAGCGUGUAUCAAGUGUAUGGGGUACAAAGGUCGUACCUACGAGAGAGGGAGGAAAAAAAUUUUUUUUUUUUUUAUAAAACGGUCUACGCACGAUGGUGAACACGUGUGUACGUGUGUAUGUGUAUGUGUGUGAGUGUGAGCGUACGAUGGUCUAACCAUGGUAAAUAUUGAUUUUAUCGAAAAUUAUUGCCGAUGAAAAUGAUGCAGCUCAAAGGGGAUGCGACCCUGUAACUUGGUCUUGUUUCGAAGGGAUGGUACAGGGAAGUAGUCUGUUUUUCUUAAAUGAGAGGUAAAAAAAAAAAACGGAAGAUAUAUUUGAUAAAAAAAUUCGAAAAAAGCGAUCUUGAUCUAACGUAACAUAAACGAGUUUUUGGUGUAUGUAGUUUUCUCUCUUUCUUUUCUUUUCUUUUUUUUUUCUUCUUAAACAUUUGAAAACAUUGGCGUCAGAAAGAAUUGUUAUCAGAUGUGUUCAGAAAUUUUUCGAAGUGUUCCGGAAAGUAUCCAGAAAGUGUUCCGUCACCUCUUUUUCAAUCGAGGAAAAUAUGUUAGCAAUUUUUCUCGUUAGAAGACGAAAUAAAUUUUUUACGAGAAAACAAUAAUCAUGGCGAUAAAUGUUUGAAACGUAGAUCGAAGAUUUGCGAAUAACGAAAUUAAAAUUUUAAAUACGUUAUAUGAAAAUUUUUGGUCAUGGAAAUAAAUAUGUUUCCUUUGAAUUGUAUUAUUUUCGAUUCAAUAUUUUAGAGAAUUGAUAUUUGUAAGAUCGUAUAAUUGGGUUAAUUCAUGCCCAACUCAAUGGAAACCAUCACCAGAUAGGAUUAUUUGAACAAAAGUACGACUUGAGAACGAAAUUUGUAACGAGACUGAAUGAAAAGACACUUGAAACAGGAAGUCGUAAGUUAUCUUACAGAAAACCUUCAACAUUUCUGUAUACUCCAUUCCCAAACUUCCGUUUCUCAACCUUUAUGCUACGACGUUUUAUUAUGAUUGAACGCAUGCAUAUCCAUUCACUGCGAAAUUCAAUUUAAUCCUCGUGUCAUUAAAAUUUAACGUUCUUCACUGGAAGGAUCAAACAACGCUAUAUUUAUUAUAUACAUACAUAUAUAUAUAUAUAUAUAUAUACGCCAUAAAUAACAUAAAAAAUACAAAAUGAAGAAUAAAAAAUUCUUUUUUCUAAAUUAGAGAAAAAUGACUAAGCAGCAUAAAGGAUAAAGCACCAUAGUGUUCCUUGAAAUAUUUAAAAUUAGAAAUACUCUUCAAUAAUUUAUAAAAAUUCAUAGACAAAAAAAGAAAUAUCCUUAGCCAUUAAUCCAUCCCUCGGCUAAAAUUUCUUAUAAAAUUGAAGCUCCUGAAACAUAGUAAAAGAAAAAGAAAAAAAGAAAAAAAAAAAGGUUACACGAAUAUAAUAAAGUUUAAAAACACCAUAGUGUUCCUCGAAAUAUUUUGUAUCAAAGUAUCUAAAUAACCACAAUCACUCCUAUAAAACCUACAAAAAAAAAAAUCUCCUUCUCUCAACUACUACGCAUACGAGUCAUUUAGAGUAAGGAUGAACUCAACAAGAAUAUAUUUAUAAAGGAAAAAAACCAAAAACAAUUUUUUCUUUCCCAAUAAAAUCUUUGAUUUAUAUUAAAAAAAGAAAAGAAGAGAAACAAAAUUUAUAGUAACGUAGUGUAAAAAAUAAAAAAAGUUGUUGACAAAACGUUGAAUUCACUCUUAAUAAUACUUCCCUCAACACUAUCCUCGCCCAUCCUACAUUCUAACUUACCACUUCCUGUUCAAGUGACAAUUUUCACCGACACCGAGAGGCGCAGACGCCCUUCUUCGCGUGUAUUCAUUGCGCGUGACCGUGAAAAUUGUGCGGGUUCAUCAGCGGAAAUUCACGCCAUCUCGAUCUUAUCACUCGGUCGAUCAAUCGAGGAAUGGCCGAAUUUCCGAUCGCGUGACGUUCGACCGAGUUGAAUGCGAUAUCUCUCGAUAACGGACCCAUUCGCGUCCCCGAAUCGAGUUAAUUACGUUUUAAUUAAGGCUAUAACGUUGACGUUGAGUACGUGAUCGGGGGGGGGUUAAAAAAAAACGAGGGAAGACAUGUUAACGAGCUGCGUCGUCGAAAUUAAUCGCGUCACGCGAUUUGUGGCCGAUUCGUUUCUUCGAUUUUUAUCAGCUGUACACAUUAUACACAUGAAUAUGUAUACAGAGGAGGAAUGGUAACAUCAUCGGUCGUAGCGAUGGAAUUGUUGGAAUAUUUUGGAAUACAAAAGUAUUUGCAAUAUUUAGUAUAACAGAUACAAGAAAUUUGUUGCUCUUAAUCCUUAAAAUCAUGUUACUUUGAAAUAUUGAUAUAUUUUCCAAUUCUUGUUUGACAACUUUUUACCGUUUAAUUAAUAUUGUUCCCUUUGAUUAAUAUAGUUUACGUUUCUCACUCCAGAAUUUGUUUCGAGAGAGCGCUAUUUCUUCAUCAUUUUUAAAAAUUAUUCCAUCGCUAUGUAUCGUACGAAGACACGCAGAAACAAGGAUAUACCUACAAAAAAAAUACAUAAGACACGUAAUUAUUAUUAUUAUAUUAUGGAUAUACCGCGACGCAUUGUUUCGUAAUAUAUUGUUGAUUUCGCGCGAUUAUCGGCGAUGCUGUUACGUUGUUCGAGGCACUCCGUGUCCAGAGAUCCGUUCUAUCCAAUGUGAUCAAUCCCGAAGAUGUUCACGCCUUCGAGAAACAUACAAGUGCGACGACAUACAUACACGCACGUACCGAGGAGAAACGAGUGUGAAAAGGGAUGAAGAGGAGAAGAAGAUUGGAAUAGCGAUAAGAUCAAUCGAAUUGGGGGGGAAAAAAUUACAGAAGGGAAGAUCUGAGAUUUUUUUGGGGGCGGAAGAAAGAAGGAGGAAAGAAAAGGAUCGCUUGGCUAAUCUUGGCCGUUGUUCCAACGAGAAGAAGAAGAAGAAGAAGAAGAAACGCGCACACAUUCAUUUUACAUUCGCGAAAGAACAAAAGAUUGUUUGUUAAUAUAGGAAGGAAAAGGAAGGCUCGUCUCUCUGCUCUCAGAAGUAAUCGAGCAUUCAUUUCCGCUGAAACAUUGGGACCUGGUGUGUCUUGUCCGUGUCAUUGUUUCAUUUCGAAAGCGUUGUUUCGCGGCCACUCCGAAACGCGAAACGGGACCAAAGAAACAAAAAAAAAAAAAAGAAGAAAAAAAAAGAUACAAAACAUUCUCUCAUUCCCCUUUCCGUCUUCUAUCCUCCUUUCUGGCCACGAAGAAUUUCUCUCUCUUUUCUCCAAACCGAUACGUUCCUAUCCUCUUCUUAGACCCAAGAUCCUACGUUAUGUCCUCCUUUCUCUUCUAUUUCAUCUUCUGUUCUCCUAUUCGUGCCUAUCUUUUCUUCCUAUUUCUGCCUCUCUUUUUCUACUUCUCUGUCGCGGCUCAACGAUAUUUUCCUGGACACGACGACUCCACACGAUAUUUUUAUAUAGAUUUCUUAAAAGUGCAUUAUAGUGCCAGAAAGACCACGACGCCAAGUUUAAGAGGAAAAAAAAUAUAUGUAUAUAUAUAUAUAUAAAAGAAAAACGAAAAAAAAUUAAAAAUACACGUGCAGUCUCGAUAUUAUUGAUGCAUUAGGCAGAUAGGAGACCGAGAUUCUAUUAUAAUGUAUGAAACACAGACUCUUGUAUGGACGAGACGGCGCAUUGGUCAUGCGGGACACGUAUGAGACAGGUUCGAUGGAAUGGAACGAUACAAGAAUCAAUAUCGAUACUUAUUAAUAAAAAGAUCGAAGAUCGAGAUACACUACUCGACCAAAAAACUUGAGAACCGAGAAUUUUCGACUGAGAAUUCUCGAGAGGUUGUUUCGCGCUUACAAAAUCAAGAGCAUCGAAUUAAAAUUAGAAUGGCGAGCAUAAGAUUGUAAAUCGUGAAGCAGCCUCCUACUAGUAGACGCAUCGAGGGGAGCGGAUAAAGAAUCGAAGCGAAGACGAGGGUUCAUAUCGUGACCAUAGCAUCAUUGGAAGCAAAUGAUAUUCUUUAAACAACUCCAAUGUCGUUUUAUUUUUUCAAGCUGCCGCAGAGAAAAAUGAAGGAAACGUUAUUACUUCGUCCAAUCAUUCGUUAACAUGUUUUUUUGAGAACUACGUUGCACAUUACCGACGAGAAUAUAAGGAAGGAUCACAAUCAUCCUUCCAUGAUUUUAUUUCAACGAGAAAUACCUCUCCAAAAAAUCGUACGACCUAACAUCUGAAAUACGUAACAAUAAUCGAGUUAACAGAAGGAUAAUAAAGAAUGGGAACAGAGAAAGGGUGCAGAAGAAUCAUAGAAAUGAAUUUCUUGCGAGAAGCAGGUAGACAUAUCCUCAUAACAAAGGUUCCUUUUCGUGAGAAGAGUGGACAGAAAAGAAGAAGAAGAAGAAGAAGAAAAGUAGAAACACAAAGAAGAAUCGUCCAAGCGUGAUAAUCAAUGAAAAGGACUUUAAAUCGGCGAUCUAUAUAUUGCCCGAGUGAAGUUGUUUCAUUCGAUGACUCUUCUUCAUACGUUCAUACACACAAAUAACUAUACCGCGUGUGCAUAUAGGACGAAUUCAUCUUUGUCAUCAUCCGAAAUAUUUUCGUUAUUUUGAACAAUAUUGACGAGAAUAGCCUAGCUUGACGAGUACUGUUUAAAAAAAAAAAAAAAAAAAGAGAACGAUCGACAAGGAUCCCAGUCUUUCUUUUUCUCUAAAGAUAGAAAAUUUUUUAUGUCGCUUUAAUCGAGGGAUUAAUCGUUCGAACAAUUAUUUCGAUCGUAUUGGUCAGAGUAACACGAAAUAUUUUCAAAGUGACAAAGUGCUCCUACCCCGUCGCAAAUAUGCCGAGAUUGAUUUGUAUGUUUAUACCUGUAAAUAUGUGUAUACUAUAUUAUGUAAUAUACACGAUAUUAUAGUAUAUAGUGUAUAUAUAUAUAUAUAUAUAUCGAAACGUGUAUUAUGGCCUUUGUUUCAUGCAGAGUUUAUAUACGUACGUUUUAAGGAAACGAGGAGGACGCUUUUGUGUUCAGGGGCGCGCAAGUUCUCCGACAUACACGAACGUGUAAAAAAAAAAA